AUGCUUGUACAACUGAAGGCUGCAGCUUUUAUUUGUGCGCAACACGGAGCCGUCGUUUUACUGAAAGAGGAGAAGGAAAACUCGAGUCACAAUAGUUAUGACUUUCUGCGAGUGGGAUCGCGAGCAGGCGAGAGGACACGAGAGCUGGAGGUUGCCACCAUGACUGGCAAAGCGCACGUGAGUUUAGGCUGGCUCAGCGCCUGCAGCUCUCGCGUCUUCUGUCUGGAUGCAGAUUGA